AGUUUCAUUUACAACUAUCCGACGGUCCCGUUUAAUAAAAUCAAUUCUUUGCUCCCAUCUUACAAACAAUUCUACUCUGACCCCACUCAUUUCAAAAGUUUCAUAACGGAACCAACUGAAAGUUUGAAACCCUAGAUAGAAAAUCGAAGUAGACGAUGCAGCAGAGAAAAUCAGCAUCUGGGAGACCUUCUGGGACGGAUGGCUCAGAUUUUUCUUAUCGGAUGGUGGUCGAUUCAAGGUAUCAGAAGGUAGCUUCAGGAAAGUCUCGUCUCUCCUCUCUAAUUUUCACCCAGGCUGUCAUUCAAUUAAUUGGAACUGUGUGCACAGUUCUGUCAACCUCAAAGGAGGAUCCUGAUAGACUCGCUAUUUUGGCUAUUGCUGUUGGGUUUGUUUCCCUGAUACUAGGGGAAUUAGGUCGAAGACGUAGUCGAGUGGGGUUUUUAAAAGUCUACAUGGUUGCAUCUUCUACCACGAUACUUCUCUGGAUUGCUUGUGUUUCCAAGAGCAAUUUUAUGCUGGAGGUUAUUCAAGAUCCAAGUAACUGGGAAACAAAAAAGUUGGAACUUCUGGAGACUGCUCUUGUUCUAUUUGGGCUUCUGAUACAAGUAUUUACAAUUGGCACAACAACAUCUCUUAUCAGUAACAUGUCUCCUCCCAAAAGGGCCUCUUAACUGAUGCUUGUAACUCUAAGUGACUCUCCAUGUCAACAGCUGAAGUUUUUUGGGUGCGGCAUAAUCCAUACAAAUCACAAAAGACUUGAUUCUUUAGUUUUAGUUCAUUGAUCAUAUGGGUGCGAUCCAUCCUUGAGAAAGAGUGUUGUAUUUCGACACUCACUGUCUGUAAAAGAGGGUAUCAAUAUAGCGAGUUGAUCCGUAUUCAUUUGACAGAUAACAGAUGAUAAACCUUUGAGAAAUGAUAUUUGCAGUCGUGGUUGUGUAAGCGA